CCUUGUAGCCAGAGAAGGUUGUCAGGAUGGCGAAUUUCAAGGGUCACGCACUUCCAGGCAGCUUCUUCCUGCUCUUUGGGCUCUGGUGGUCUGUGAAAUACCCUCUGCAGUACCUCAGCCAGAAAGCGAAUAGGAAAUCCCACAGGAGUUACAGUUUCCAGCGUGUGGAUGCCAUGGAAGGGGGAAUGAAAAUUGUCUUUGCUCUCAUAGGGAUGCUGGCGGAGCAGUUCGUGCCAGACGGGCCACACCUGUACCUGUACAGCGGGGCCGGCCGGGACUGGGUGAAGCUGAUGAACUGGCAGCACACCACCAUGUACCUGUUCUACGGCCUCUCCGGGCUGGUGGAUGUCCUCACCUACAUCUCCCAGGUGGUGCCACGGGGCCUGGAUCGCCUCAUGUUGUCCGUGGCCGUGUUUGUCGAAGGUUUUCUCUUCUAUUACCACGUCCUCCACCGGCCCAUGUUGGAUCAGCAUAUCCACUCCCUGCUGCUCAUCGCCAUCUUUACUGGGGCUGGCAGCACCCUGCUGGAGGUUUUCCUCAGGGACAACAUUGUCCUGGAGAUGUUCAGAGCUGGCAUCACCAUCGUCCAGGGAACGUGGUUCUGGCAGAUCGGAGUCGUGCUCUUCCAGCCAUGGGGGGGUCCAAUGUGGGAUGAGGAGGACCAUGACAACAUCAUGUUCCUCACCAUGUGCUUCUUCUGGCACUGGGCAGCCGCUGUGGUCAUCCUGACUAUAAACUACACCCUCACUUACUGGUGCCUCCAGAGGUUCAGGAGAAGCAGUGGAGAACCCUACAUCAGCCUGGGGGUCCGGCAGCAGAAGGGUGACCCCAGCUCCCAGGCCACCUUCCUGAGCGGCUCUGAUGAAGAGUGAAGAGGCUGCAAACUUCUUCUCCAAAUACAUGAACAAUCUGUUUUCUAGAAGAAAAAAAUCCUAAUGAAAUAUUUCUGUUUUGGAGGAGUGAGAGGAGCCACUGUUGUGCUGUGGGGCAGCAGGUUGAGCCUGUGAGGGCAGGAGCCCUCCAUCCGUACCCAGAUAUUGCCAGCUCAGGGGCAAGCACCAUUUUAAGUGAUUUUCAACAACAAAAUGAGGCAUGAAAAUUCAACAUGACAAGAUUACUUCAUCCCAUGGGUUGCCAGGUGUGUUUCCAUAGGGAUGGAGGGCAUCCUUUGGCCAGCUGACUUUUCCAAGAGUCUGGAGACUUUGACCUGCUGUGAUUGAAGUCAAGGAAACCUCCAGGCUGAGGUCAGGUACCUCUGGAGCAAGGCACCACCCCGAAGAGGAUGAGAAAAAGAGUGUGGAAUGUGAGGUUAUGGCAAUUUGUGCACCAGCAGGGCUUGAUUGUACACAAUACGAAUGUUAUCACUGCAGCUUUGAACUAAAGAGGGGUUUUGUUAAUCGUUUUCAUGUUCACUUAAAGGCU